AUGGCCACAGCAGCUUUUGGGCUGAUGAUGUUGCUAAUUGGCCACUCAGUAGUGUUGACAAGUGCCACCAAAUACGUUGUUGGCAAUCGCACCGGCGGUUGGACUUUCGGCGCUAGUUGUAACUGGCCGUCUAAUCCAGGAAAGCAUUUCAAGGCUAAUGACACCCUUGUGUUCAAAUACAGCGCAGGUCACCACAAUGUGGUGCGUGUAACCAAGGCUGGUUACCGGAAUUGCACGGCUGCAGAAGGUGCGAGAGUUUAUUCAAGUGGAAAUGAUCAGAUCAAGCUUGUAAAGGGAAAGAACUACUUCAUUUGCACUUAUCCUAACCACUGCACAUUUGGAGUCAGACUUAGUGUAACUGCAAUUUAA